UAAAAACUUGCAUCAAAUGCUCUCAACAAUGAUCUCGCGCCAUUCAUUGGAUCACUCUAUGAGACCAAUGUGUGCAAAUCACAAUUGCUGCAAUGUGGUGACUCCUCUCAGUGUACACUCCUGCCACAGCCUCAUCAGUACUCCGGAAACACUCUGUGGAUGUUCAGGCAUGACCCAUCAGUGUGUCACACAUCUCUCUGUCCCCCAGAGAUGUUCUUGGACAAACAACUGUCCCCAUUUCCCACGUGUUACAUGUAAGGCAGUUGAUGCACAGAGCACUUAUCCAAGCCUGACUCCAUUACGGGUAUAUGAAGCGGUGCUCGCAAGAAGGUACCAUGAUGGGUUUUACUACCUGGCUACAGUAAAACAGGAGGAGGAGCACGGAAUGUUCCUAAUUGAGUUUAAUAAGCCGUGUGCAGAAGGAGAGCGAUACCAAACCAUGCUGCAGAAGACAGAGGCUGGUGACAUCAUUGAUUACUUUGAUGCGCUGAGACACAGUAUAGUUCCAGGGGACAAUGUGCUGGCUCCCUGGGAAACAGACGUGACAAGAUUUGGCCCAGGAGUUGUCACCAUGGGCCUUGAGACACGGGAUCCUCUGAGAGGUACUGUGUAUAUGUCCCAUUCUGUCAUUUUUAUGGCUCCAUGUACUGGUCUAAAGGUCAUUAUACACCCUGUGAAACAUCUGCUGGAAUUUAUGUUCAUUGUCUACUUUUGCCAAUCAGAGGCUUCUAAAGUGAAAUUUGAGACGCACUUAAACAUAGACACAGACAGCCUCAAGAAAACAACAGUAUGCUCACAGUCUCCAGUUUCCCUGGGGGAGGAAGAAAAGCAAACCAUGGAAGAUGAGGAACUUACAGUCAGUUUCUGGAAUGGGAAGAAAGUAAAUGUGCCAAUUGGAGUGGCAGUUUGGAUCUCGCCCUCAGUCUACAGGAUGGUUUUAGAUAAGCUUCACAUGCCUAUCAGCACCAAGCAAAAGCUUUGGGGUAGUGAUCCGUUGUCCACUACUUACGUUUUUACAGACAGGUUCACUUCAGUGCCUGAUCGCAUGUGCACUACUGAUCACUUUUGCAAGCACAAGUGGCACCACCAUGGUGCACAUACACAGCACAUUCACCAGCAUUGCUCGUGCUGCUGCUUUCCAACACAAUCUAAAUGUACUUGUUGCUAUAAUCCCAAAUGUGAGCACUGGUGGCCUCUUUCACCCACAACUACAGUCUAUGUCCAGAGCAGGAAAGAGAAGGAAGAUGAUGAAAAAAAUAAAACAAUCAAUAAAGAAAGGGAAAGUCCCAAGACGGACACUUCCCUCCUCUAUUCAUCAUAUUCUUCCUUGUCUGAUGAUGAUUCUGAUGACCAAAGCGAUGGGGAAACGUAUCUAUCCAAGAGCACCCUAAGUACAAUGGUAGACAGCGCAGUCAACACAGAUUCCAGCCUGUGGGAUAAGCCCAGCCUCUAUAGUGGGGAAAGACCAGAAUGGAGAUACUGGAAACGAAGCCAUCCAGAGCCAAGUCAUCGAAAGCCAGGGGGCAGCAUUUCCAGAAACAAAUUAAAAAACAAGAUGCCCACAUCUGAUUCCAGAGUGUCAUUUUCUGAUGCUACCAAUCAGAGCGCGUUGUUUGACACAAUUUUUGAUUCCCCACUCAAACGGCUUACAAUGAAGGAUGUACUGGUUCACAAGGAUUUUGACCCAACCUACAAGCAACAUGCAGCUCCUGUAGUAGAGCGUCUUGGAGAAUCUGAGGUGGAAAAAUUGCUCCAAAGACAAACACUUCUAGAGCAGAAGCAGAAAAGAAAUAUGCAGCACCGAGAUUGGGAGCAAAAAAGGGAACAAUAUAUUGACCAAAAGUACAGUGACACUCAGGAGGCUCACAGAAAUAAAACAUUGCGACACUUACAGAAUGAAGAUAGGAAAGUUAAAGAGCAACAGAUCAAAAACGUACAAAACAUUAACGCUAAGAAAAAGGUACAUGAAAAUAUCAGUUUACGGACGCAGACGUUGGCAGCUGAAGACAAGAAGAAAGAACAGCGCAGGCUGGAUCACUUGCGCCACGUCCGGGAGAAAAUUGAUCAGAAGGAGUUUGAAAAAUGUGUAAUAAACGAACAAAAAGAAAUAAAUAAUGCAGAAGCCAGGAGGAGAAGGGUAGAUAAUCAUUACCGGCAAGUGGCAGACAAAGUUUUUGAAGCAGAGCAAAAAGAGAUGCAGAAUGGAAAUCACUGACCACAAUAAAUCUUGGCUUACGUCAGUGGAAUGACAUUUUUACUGACAUAAUAGGUCUUGGGAAUGUUUGUGGCUUGUAAAAUAAAUGUGUCUUUGUACAAAAUUAGAAAUUGA